AUGCGUCAAAUAUUUAGCAAGGGACGCACUGAGACCUUGGACAUCAAUGGGCUUUAUGCUCAUUUGCCCAGUUUUGAUAGCGAGCGACUAACAUCGGAGCUACAAGAGCCCUGGGAACGCGAAUCCCAACGUAAACAACCGAAUAUACUGCAUCUCAUCUUUAAGUUCUAUGGCUGCAAGUUUUUACCCAUUUGUGUGCUAUAUUCCAUAGUGGAAAUUACAAUACAUUCGUUUCAGCCCUUGUUCUUGGGUCGCUUAAUCUCUUAUUUUGCGGAGGGACAGACGAGCGUGAGCAAGGAGAGCGCCUAUUUGUAUGCCAUGGGCGUAGUGCUCUGCUCGCUGGUGACUUCGCUGCUGUUUCAUCCGUUCAUGUUCUACAUGUUCGACGUGGGCACCAAGAUACGCAUAGCCUGCGCCGGCCUGAUCUAUCGUCAGUGUCUGCGUGCUGCCAUUAAUGCCAGCGAGGGUCUGGGCGCUGUGGCCAUAUCUGUGAUGUCCAUCGAUCUAACGCAGUUUGAUUUGAGCUUUUACUUUCUGCACGAUCUGUGGAAGGGACCUGUGGAGGCGUGCAUCUUUGGCUACAUAAUGUACAGACAAGUGGGCUGGACAGCGUUGAUAGGCAUUGCAUUUAUAGUGCUGUUGAUACCGCUCCAGGCGUGGGCAGCGCAGGCAGCGGCAAAGUAUCGCAGUCGUUCGUCGGAGCAGCGCGACAAGCGCGUGCAGCUAAUGCAGGAAAUUAUCGAUGCCAUGCAGGUGAUCAAGAUGUAUGCCUGGGAGCAGUGUUUUGUUAAGCUGGUGGAAGCGGUGCGGCAAAGUGAAGUUAAAGCGAUUAGAGGCUCCAUGAGCAUCUAUGCAGCGCUGCAAUGCACCAAUAUGAUAUCCAAGGUAUCGUUAUUUCUAAGUCUUGUAGCUUAUGUCUAUACAGGCGAUGUGGUUACAGCGCAAAAAGUAUUUGUGCUCUCCAGCUAUUAUAGUUUGCUCAAUGAUUCCUUGCUGCACUUUUGGCCACUGGCUAUAACAACCUGGGCACAGACUGUAGUAAGCGCCAGACGCGUGCUGCAGUUUCUGCAGCAAACACAGCAGCCCAGAAGGAAGAGCGCCUAUGAUAAUCCAGCGUUUGAACUGGAAGACAAGCCCAAGCAGCAGCUACAACCGGUGGCGCCAACUGUGCGUUGCUCGCACAUUAGCGCCAGCUGGCAAAAGUCCACGCCACGCAGCAUGCAGCUGUCCAACAUAAGCUUUGAGCUGCAGCCGGCGCAGCUGGUUGGCAUUGUGGGCGCAGUGGGCGCUGGCAAGAGCAGCUUGUUGCAUGUGCUGCUGGGCGAGCUGCCGCUGCUGCAGGGACAACUGCAACUGACUGGCAAGCUAAGCUAUGCACCGCAGCAGCCCUGGAUCUUUCAGGGCAGCAUACGUGACAAUAUUGUGUUUGUGGAGCGCUACGAUGAGUGGCGCUAUCGCGCUGUGUUGCAAGCGUGUCAGCUGCAACGCGAUUUGCUGCUUUGGCCGCAGGGCGAUGCUACAAUGCUGGGCGAGCGUGGCAUAAAUCUGAGUGGUGGGCAGAAGGCGCGCAUAAGUUUGGCACGCGCUGUUUAUCGCGAGGCGGACAUUUAUUUGUUUGAUGAUCCUUUGGCUGCGGUGGAUGCGCAGGUGGGCAAGCUGCUGAUGGAGCAAUGUCUGCAGCGCUUUCUUGCUGGCAAGCUGCGCAUUCUGGUAACGCAUCAUGUGCAGUUGCUGCAGACAGCGGAUCAGUUGCUGCUGCUCGAAGCUGGACAGCUUAGCCAGCAAGGCAGCUACGCGGAGCUGCAGCAUUUGCUGCUCAAGCAUGCAGCGCCAGAGGCAGCAGCUGCACGUCUGAGUUUGCAAGCGGAGCGGCAUUCCAAGCGUGAAAGUCUCUCAGCGCAGCUGUCGGCAGCAGCGGAGCAGGAGCAACUGCAUGAAGCGCAGUUGCAGGAGUCGCAAGCUCAGGGCGCUGUUAGCUGGGCUACCUAUAGCGCCUAUUUCCAAGCUUUAGGUGCUGCUGGCUUUACUAGCGCUUUGCUAGUGCUCGCCUUGUUUGUGCUCGCGCGUGCCUGUCAAGCGCUCAUGGACAUUUUUAUAUCGCGCUGGGCCACCUUUGAGGAGCAACAGCUGCAUGAUUCAGAGCGCACACGCCGCCGCAUGCUCAUCUGGUAUACGCUGCUGCUGCUCGGCACUUUGGCUUUGUAUCUGCUGCGCACCUUUGGCUUCUUCAUGCUCUGUCUGCGCAUCUCGCUGAGAUUGCACAACUUGCUCUUUGCUGGCAUCAUACGCGCUCGCAUGCGUUUCUUCAAUGAGAAUCCUUCGGGUCGCGUGCUCAAUCGUUUUGCCAGCGAUAUUGAAAAUGUGGACGUGGCACUGCCGCAGGCUUUGAUGGAUUCACUGCAGUUUCUGGUGGAUGUUAUAGCUGUGCUAAUUAUUGUAGCCAUAGCCAACUAUUGGCUGCUCAUACCCGCGGCCAUUAUGGCGCUGCUCAUGUUUCUCUGCCGCUCCUACUACAUAGGCGCCAGUCGUAGUCUGAAACGCAUCGAAAGCUUAACACGCAGUCCAGUCUACUCGCAUACGAAUCAAACUUUCAAUGGACUCACCACCAUACGCGCCUUGCAGGCAACGCAGCAGCUGGAGCAAACUUUCCAUGCGCAUCAGAACCUCAACACCAGCGCUUUGUUUCUUUAUACGAGCGCCAAUCGCGCGUUUUCCUUCUGGACUGAUCUCAUUUGCGGGCUUUAUAUUUUAGCUGUCACAUUCAGUUUUCUGGUAGUGAAUCAACAUUUCAGCAGCGGCGAUGUGGGCUUGGCUAUAACACAGUCUAUAACUUUGGUUAUUAUGUGCCAAUGGGGCAUGCGUCAAACUGCAGAGAUGGAGAAUAAAAUGACAAGCGUGGAGCGCAUACUGGAGUAUGCACAAACGCCCAGCGAAGCAGCGCUGGAGACAACAAAGCAGCUGCAGCUCUGCGAGCAUUGGCCUGAGUCGGGACACAUGCGUUUCCAAGAGCUGCGCAUGCGCUACACGCCGGAGCAGGAUUACAUACUAAGAGGCUUGAGCUUUGAGCUGCAGCCUACAGAAAAAGUGGGCAUAGUGGGACGCACUGGCGCAGGGAAAUCCUCCAUUAUACAAGCCAUAUUUAGACUGGCUGUCAAUGAGGGUCUCAUUGAAAUUGAUGGCCAGAACAUAGCGCACUUGGGUCUGCAGCAGCUGCGCAGUCAUAUAUCCAUAAUACCGCAGGAUCCGGUGCUGUUCUCAGGCAGUCUACGCUUCAACUUGGAUCCACUGCAGCAACGCACUGAUGAGCAAAUCUGGCAGGCACUACAAGCGGUAAAGCUGCAGCAAUAUGUGUCCAGCUUAGCAGGCGGCUUGGACUGUCAAUUUCAAGAUGGCAACGGUCCGUUUAGCAUAGGACAGAAGCAGCUUGUUUGCCUGGCCAGAGCUAUAGUGCGUGGCAAUCGCAUUAUCAUUAUGGACGAAGCUACAGCCAAUGUGGAUGCGGACACCGAUCAAUUGAUACAGCAGACCAUGCGCACUACCUUUGCUCAUUGCACAGUUCUUACCAUUGCCCAUAGACUGCAUACGGUGAUGGAUUAUGAUCGCAUUCUGGUCAUGGAUGCGGGACAAAUUGUAGAGUUUGGUGCGCCGCAUCAAUUGCUGCAGAAUCCGCUGGGUGCGCUGCUCAAGCUGGUUAAUCAAAACGAUAACUCCACGGUGCAAUAUCUGAAACGCAUUGCAGCUGACAGCGCCUUGAAGAAGAUUAAGGAAGUGCAGGAAGAUUAAAGUUUAUAGCUACAUAUUUUAAGAAUGGAUCUCAAAAGAGCGUGUGGGAAAUUGCUGCUCAGAACUUUAAGCAAUUUGUAUUUUAUUUCAAAGUAUUCGAAACCAUUUAUCACUCAGAUUAGCGCUUA